UUAGUAGAAAUCUUGUUCCCCAAGUUGCUUUCUUCCCACUUCACUGAAAUUGAAGAAUACAAUCGACCAUUUCACGAACGAGCGAAGAGCCAAAAACCCUAAUUGGUAGACCAGAUUUGAAGUGGUAAGCUCUGAAUUGAGAUCGGAAUUGGGGAAUCCGAGCUGUGUUGGUAAGAGGAGAAGAAAUGGAGUCGGUUUUCGGAUUGGUGGGUAAGGAUUUCGCGAUAGUGGCGGCGGACACAUCGGCGGUCCACAGCAUCCUCGUGCACAAGACGAACGAGGAUAAGAUCAUGCUCCUUGAUUCUCACAAACUGAUGGGCGCCUCCGGCGAGACCGGGGAUAGGGCUCAAUUUACAGAGUACAUCCAGAAGAAUGUGGCUUUGUACCAAUUCCGCAAUGGCAUUCCUUUGACAACUGCUGCUACUGCAAACUUCACUAGAGGCGAGCUUGCUACGGCUUUGCGGAAGAAUCCGUACAUGGUGAAUAUCAUUCUUGCCGGGUAUGACAAGGAGACGGGCCCUUCGCUCUUCUUCAUCGACUACAUCGCAUCCCUACACAAGCUAGACAAAGCAGCAUUCGGCUACGGAUCCUACUUUGCACUCUCGACAAUGGACAGGUACUACCGCAAUGACAUGACUGUCGAAGAGGCCAUCGAGCUGGUCGACAAGAUCAUAAUGGAAAUACGAAGCAGGCUGGUGAUCGCCCCGCCUAACUUCGUAAUCAAAAUUGUCGACAAGGACGGGGCGAGGGAAUACGCCUGGCGCGAGUCCAUCAAGGAUGCUCCAAUCCCGGCUUCUGAACCUGCCGCCGUAUCUGCUUCCUCCUAAAGGUACGAACUCGUUUAAUAUAGCUUUGAAUGUUUGUUAAACGUUAAUGCUAAGUAACUCUUUAUGAUAUUUUGGAUUUGUUCGGGUUUGGUAAACUGCGGCGCUGAAUUUGCACUUUAACUAAACUUGUGUUCGCCGGUGCGCGCUAAAUUCAUAACUUUUCUUGUUUUUGUUGUUUUCA